UAACAUCCUGUGUAAUUCAUAUCUCAGUAUAUCGACAGCUAUUUAUUGUGGUAGGGGGUUUAAAGAAUAAUAGAACAGGGAAUACGCAAGGAAUGACAAAACAAUAUACCAUGUGAUACAUUUGUUGUUUUGAUGUACUCAUCCAUGACCAUAUUAAUAUUUAAAUACUUAACCGCACUACGAACGGGUGGAAAAGUCGAACUUUUAAAUUACGCAAGCCUAGGAUUUGUUUUAAAUAGAUCACAACUGUUUACUUUUUAACGCUUUAGUCAAGUAUGCGAGAUGUCUCGAGUCCUGAUCGUCAUGUUCGGGAUUGAUUUAGUUCAAGGACUGUUUCCAUUUACGGACUACAAUGUCCGUCUCCAGUUUAAUGAUGUCAAAGUUAAUGUUACACACUUAAGAGACAGAGAAAUACGAUCUGCUGAUUCAUCUGAACAAAGUGUCAUAUCCUUUUACAUCAAAGAUGAAUUAAUAGAAUUCAAACUAACAAGUAACAGGGGAUUACACAAAAACGUGCCAGUAUAUACAACUGAUAAUAAGGGCAGCGUAAAAAUACAGCAUUUAUCACAGCCGGAAAGUAAACAACAGGUCAAAUUUUAUCAAGAUGCUACAAAACAUAGAGCAGCUUUUAUUAUGAUACAAAAUUCUUCCUCACAAUGCAUGACAGGAGUGUUUUUACACAGAAAAAAUGAGUAUCUAAUUGAGCCAGAACCAAAAGCCUGUUUGUCUGACUCUGGCGGAGAUAUAAAAUACAAGGUUGUACAGUUAGACCAGACACGCCAUACCUUUUCAUCGAAUUCUGCCAA